AUGCUGUGCUUCCUCUUUCUGCUUAGCGGGCUCAGCAGGCUCAGCGAGUUCUGGAUUGACUCUGAUUCUGAAAGAUUACACGUGCAAGUUACAGUUCCAGAGAAAAUACGCUCAGUAACAAGCAACGGAUUUGAAAGCAACGUGGUCUACAACAUUGUAAUUGAAGACAAAACAUAUACAGUGAACCUAAUGCAAAAAGUAUUUUUACCUCAAGAUUUUAGAGUGUAUGGUUAUGAUGCCACAGGAAUUAUGAAAGACCUUAAACAAGACUAUCAGAAUUUUUGCUACUACCAAGGGUUUGUUGAAGGUUAUCCAAAUUCCAUGGUGAUCAUUAGCACAUGUACCGGACUCAGGGGCAUAUUGCAGUUUGAAAACGUUACUUAUGGAAUUGAACCCCUAGAAUCUUUGAUUGGUUUUGAACAUGUGGUUUAUCAAGUAAAACACAAGAAUGCUAGUGUUUCAUUAUAUGCUGAGAAGGAUGUGGAUUUCAGAGAUCUGCCCCACAAAAUACGAACUAUACAGCCACAUGAAUACUCUCAGUAUAUAGAGAUGCAUAUUGUAGUUGAAAAGAAUCUGUAUAAUCACAUGGGUGCUGAUACGGCUGUGGUCACUCAAAAAAUUUUCCAGCUGAUUGGGCUGACAAAUGCUGUUUUUGCUUCAUUUAAUAUUACAAUUAUCCUAUCUUCACUGGAGCUUUGGAUAGAUGAAAAUAAAAUCUCAACUACUGGGGAUGCUAAUGAGUUACUACACCAAUUUUUAAAAUGGAAAAGGUCUUAUCUUGUUUUGCGCCCACAUGAUGUGGCAUUUUUACUCGUUUACAGAGAAAUAGCAAAUUAUGUUGGAGCCACCUAUCAAGGGAAGAUGUGUGACGCCGACUAUGGAGGUGGUGUUGCUCUGCAUCCCAGAACCAUAAGUCUGGAAUCACUUGCAAUUAUUUUAGUGCAAUUGCUGAGUCUUAGUAUGGGAAUAGCUUAUGAUGACGUUAACAAGUGCAAGUGUCCUGGAUCCAUCUGCCUGAUGAACCCAGAAGCAAUCCAUUCCAGUGGCAUGAAGAUGUUUAGUAAUUGCAGCAUAGAAGAUUUCUCACGUUUCAUUUCCAAGCAAAAGUCCCAGUGUCUUCAAAAUCAGCCACAUCUCGAGCCGUCUUACAAACAGGAUGCUGUUUGUGGGAAUGGAAUAUUGGAAGAAGGAGAAACCUGUGACUGUGGGAGUGAGGAGGAAUGUUCUCAAAACCAACCGGUAUGCUGUGAAUCUCAAGACUGUACACUGAAACCUGGCUCACAAUGUGCUUUAGGAGUGUGCUGUGAGGAUUGCAAUUAUAAGGCAAGAGGAACAGAGUGUAGGUCUGCCUCCGGUGAGUGUGAUGUCGCUGAGUUCUGCAAUGGAUCAUCUGCAGCAUGUCCUGACAACAUCUAUGUUCAGACUGGUUUUCCAUGUGACUCAAAUCAGUGGAUCUGUGUCAAUGGAACAUGUAUUGAUCUCACUAAGCAGUGUAGAAGUAUAUUUGGUGAAGACGUAGAGGGUGGUCCUCCAGAGUGCUUUGAAGAAAUGAAUGCUAUGAAUGAUAUAUCUGGGAACUGUGGCAAAACUUCUUCAGGGUAUACAAAGUGUGAGGCUAGUAAUCGGAAGUGUGGAAAAUUGAUGUGUAAACACAGAAGUGAUAAUAUAUUUGACAUCAAAAAUGCCACUAUUAUAUAUGCCAACAUAAGCGGCUCAAUCUGCGUUUCCCUGGAGUAUGAUGAUGAUCAUGAGGAUAUUAAUAAGAUGUGGGUAGCAGAUGGAACUCUUUGUGGCAAUAAUAAGGUGUGUAUAAAUAAGGCCUGUGUGAUGUUACCAUUUGCAGCACUUCCCUGUAAUAGACAGCAUUGCAACAAUAAUGGAAUAUGCAAUAGCCUGCAUCACUGUCACUGUAACCCCACGUUUUUACCUCCAAAUUGCUCUGCUGUGGAUGAGCACUGGCCUGGUGGGAGUAUUGACAGUGGUAAUUAUGCACCAGGUGGAGCGACCACUGCACCAGCAACAGCUGGCGUACCCGGUCUCCGGCGGUACGGUGAGGAUCUGUCGUUCCCUAUUGCAAAACCCACAAGAUGGCCAUUCUUCUUACUCAUUCCAUUUUUCAUUAUCCUCCUUGUGCUGAUUGCUCUCCUGGUAAAAGUUCAGUUACAAAAAAAGCAAUGGAGAACCGAGGACUACACAAGCGAUGAGCAACUUGAAAGUGACAGUGAAUUCAAGGAGUAGUGUGGACGACAAAGAUUCCAUGAAAUCAUAGCAAAUCUCAGGUGAUUUUUUUUUCUCCUUUAUUCAUUCUUCAAAAGUAAUUACCUGUAAUGGAUGGAACAA